CUUGUAUCUUCUGAUCCCAUAACAAAAACUUUUCCUUAAGAAAACUGCGAUCUACCAUGGAUCAAACUUUUAAAAACUGGUGAUGAGGCGUGCUCAAUUCAUAUUCGGCACAUUUUUAACAUGCUAAUGGCGGUUUUUAUUAAUAUAUUAAAUUUCAUUUAGUAUAUUGAGUUUGUUGUUUUUGUGAAACCUAAAAAAUAUCUGCUGUAGCCGUCACGAUGGUUAUGUGCAAUACUUCAUCAGUGAUGCAAGUGGCACCUGCAGCUUGCCCAACCACACCAGCAGCCGUAGUAUCAUACUCACAAGGACCGAGUUCAAUUUAUCAGUGCAAUCAAGGAUAUCCUCCUCCUAUUCUACCAAAUGGGCAUAUUUUAGCUGCAGUCCCGAUCGUGAAUGGUAAUUCAACAAGUGCUUCAAGCGCCCUAACAACAGAAUCAGCGCCAGAGAGCUCAGCAACAAAUUUUUAUUCCUGUAAUGGAUAUUAUUCAUCAAAUCUUGUGCCUUAUUCUUCAAAUUUAGUGCCGCUACCUCAGAUCGUCCCGUACAACGCUGUGGUGUCCCAGCCAGUAAUUCCGUAUAAUCCGAAAGUGGCAUCCAGCAACCAGGGCAUUCAGACUACUUCAGUUCCUAACUUCGUCCAGUGCAAUCAGGGGAUCUAUACUUGCCCAGCACCACUCCCUGGCUCAGCCAUCGUGCCUUGUGGUUCAAGAGUUCUAAAUGGAACACCUGUUGUUCCCUGCACACCAGGAAUAUGUCAUUUGGCACCAACUGCUAUUCUGCAACCAGGAAGUUUGGAAGUCUGUCCCAUUCAGACGCCCCAAAUGAUUCCAAAUCCCGAGAUUUAUCGUGUCACACCUCCACCCGCCAUUCCGCAGAACCUCUGCACUGCUGCAUCAGCAUGGAAGCAAUCUUAUGGCAUGGAAGUUGUCUGGCAAAGAGAAUUUGGAAUUUUAUUUAGCCAGUAUGCUCCAUACGUUUGGAUGUUGAUACCUGUCUCGGAGAAGCCUGAGGGCGUAUGGAACGAAUGUGUUGACUCAGCAAAAGUUCGAUUUUGCUGUGACGGUUGUGGUCAUGGAUGGACCUCUAUGAAAGGAAGAGUGGCUUUCUGGUUUCUGCUCAACCACUCAAAUGGCUUCGGCUAUGUUUGUUUGAAGUUAUAUGGUCAGCAAUGUGACCGAUGUAAGAAUAGGCCCAGCUAUGAGCCAGCAAUGUGGUAUCCGGAAGAAGUAAAAAAGGUCUUAAUAAACAUCUACAACAAAGUAGGCGAAGUCUAUUAUGGAUUCCAUCAAGUUCCUUACCAACGUGAUAGACGAGCUGGCAAGCCUAGGACACCCCAUAACAGUGAUUUAUGUCAAGCUUGCAAGGACGGUGUAUGUUCCGAAAGGAGAUAGUCUCAUUACUUAAUUCCUCUAGUCCUCUUCAAAGGGGUUCAGCAUGUUCAUUUAUGAACGUUUGCAAGCCGAUUUCAAGGAAAGCAGUGAGAAUUUCGUGACUGGAAAAUGUUUCCCAAUACUUCGUUAUUCCUGUAGUUUUUCCCGUUAUGUUGGGCGGGAAAAAUAUGUUCUUAAGUUAAUUAUUGCAUGUUUAUAUCUUGAUUUUAUUUUUUUGCCUAAGCAUCACAUUUCUGUAGUUACCAAUGAAUCAGUUUUCAUUUAACAUAUUUUUUGUCUGUUAAAUCUCCUCAUCUUAUUGUUUUUAAGCAUUUAUUUAGUAUAGUUCCUUUUAUCGAGUUUUUAACAUUUGCACUUGUUGCAUGUUGACUCUCCAGUACAAAAAUAAUGGGAGUAGUUAAUGAUUAUUUUUAUUGAAAUAUUUUUUUGAGAUCCCUACAAAUGAAAAAUUUUAACUUUUUAUGAAUUUUUGAACUAUUGUAAAUUUUUCAAAUAUCCAUCCAUGCAUGCUGCAUUUAAGCUGUUAUAUGUGUAAAGAUUGUAUCAACAUUUCGUUCUAAAAGUAUUGUAAUAAGAAAAUAAUAUCCAUCUACAAAGCAAAUGUGAUAUAUAUAUAUAUAUUUUAAUUCGUCUUCCAAACUUUAUGUAUACUUCCUAAAUGUUAAAUAAA